GCAGAUGUUUAAAUUGGAUCAAAUGUAUGAUUGAUAAUGUUUAGCAUAUUUCGAAUUCAACGAUGCUCCAAAGUAUGCUGUAUCUGGUCACAAGUAAAGCAUUUCUCUGGGAAAGAGAAGUUUUACAAGGAAGCGCGAAUCUGCCACAGUGACGGAGGUUUUGAAAUUAACCUUGAUAACAGAAAACUAAGAACACCAAAUGGAAAUAUUGUGAAACUUCCGACUGAAUCAUUGGCACAAGCUGUAUCAGUUGAAUGGAACAAUCAGAAUAAAGUGCUGAAGUUAGACCAGAUGCCCCUGACCACUCUUUGCUUCUCAGCUGUUGAAAACAAACCAACAAUAUCUGCAAAGACUUUGGUGUCAUCCUGUUUCAAUUAUCUUCACACUGACACCAUACUGUGUAGAAUAAAUGAACCACCCGAACUGGAGAAGUUUCAAUCUGAAAGAUGGGAUCCCAUGGUUAAUUGGCUGAUGAAGAGACAUUCAAUUCAAGUCACACCAAGCUCUGGGUUCGCUAUGCCUGUUAUAAGUGAAAAUGCUGAACCAGUAUUGUCAAGAUAUCUUCUAUCGUAUAACUACUGGAGUAUAAUCGGCUUUGAAAGAAUGGUUUCAAGUUUAAAAUCAUUGAUUGUGCCGCUUGCUCUUGUUGAUCGGGAAAUAUCAGUUGAAGAAGCCGUCAGUUUAUCCAGGUUGGAACUAGAAUACCAGAUAUCAAAAUGGGGAAAUAUUGCUUGGCAUCAUGACAUUGAACUCGCUGAAUCAAGAAUGAAAACUGCAGCUGCUGUCAUGUUCAUCCAGCUGUGUAGUGAGGACUCCAAGACGGAAAGAUAUCGAGAAGCUUUGAAGUCACUGUGAUGAUCAAGUGUAUCUUAUUUAUAUCACACAAGACUUUGUUAAUGCAGAUCUGUAAACCCUUCCAACCCAUCUGUACAAUUGCUGCAUAUUUUUGUUACAGUGGGAGAUUUUUUUUUAUUAAACAAGC